AUGGACGACGAAGAACACACUCGCCCGGUGGAAGAGACGGUGCUCAAGGAAGAAGAAGAGGCUUCCGUUGACCCGCCGCAAGUGGAUGAGGCCGAGGAAGACUUGAUCGAAGACGCCCGCAGGGAAGCCGAUGAGCUUGACGCCAAUGACAACGCCGAAGGCGCUGAAGGUGCUGAAGGCGCUGAAGGCACUGAAGGCACUGAAGGCACUGAAGGCACUGAAGGCACUGAAGGGGCUGAAGACGAAGAGGCGCUCCUCAACGAGGAUGUGGCCGUUGAAGAUGAUGUCUACUCGCUCCCUUCGUUCAAAAACAAGGAUCUGCAACAGAAAACCAUCAAACGGAACGUUCGCCGAGCGAGACCUGAUUCUAACUCCCACUCGCCAGUACCGAUGGAAGCAGCGCCUCCUUCUUACGAGCAAACCCCUGCUUACGAAGAAUACAGCAAUGAGGACCCAGAAACCCGCAAGCGCCGUGAGCUUGAAGCGAAAAUGGACGCUGCGGUCAAGGCCAAGGCCACCAAGCGGAGAAAAGUCGACUAUGAUGACAUCGAAAGGAUGCAAGAUGAUAAGAUUGAUUUGCUCAAGCAACAAAUGGUGUAUGCUGCCACUGUGGACGUGGAAAAGAAUGGCAGAGGUGAGAUUGCCACGGAGAAGCUUAAGCUUUUGCCCGAGGUGAUCGACAUCUUGCUGAGAGCCGACUUGGCGAUUUCUGUACUCGACAACAACUUGUUGGAUGCGGUGAGACAAUGGUUAGAGCCGUUGCCUGAUGCGCUGAUGCCCGCCUAUCAGAUCCAAAAGGAAUUGAUCACGGCGUUGGAACUGAUGCCGAUCAAGACCGACCACCUUGUCGCUCUGGGUAUCGGUAAGGUAUUGGUGUUUUACCAACGUCUGAAGCGUACCGAGGCGUCGCUUAAACGGAUUGUUGACCGUUUGAUCAGUGACUGGACGAGACCUAUUUUGAACAAGUCUGACUCUUAUAAGGACCGGACCAUCGCGUUCUCGGCGUACGACAAGAAGCGCUACGCCAACCAAUUGCUGUCGCAACGGGUCAAGUCUAAGGAAGCCAAGACCCUUUACGAAGUGAACGCCGAAAGAAGAAAUCGGGCAGCCAUUCCCCUGGCGCGGACGACUGCCUACAAGAUUGCUCCUCAAGUUGACCGUGACCUGUUGCGUACGAACCGUAACCAAUCCGAUGAGCGUUUCAAGAGCAUCCAGCUGAAGAUGACUAACAUGGGGCGUCGUAAGGCCACUAAGAAGGCUGGACCGUCUAUUGAGGGUAAGGGACUCAACAUGUAA